CAAGGAGAGAAAGAUUGUGCUAACGAGAGCAGUGAGCCAAGUGAAAAUUCGACUGCCAGGAGAAGCAAGAGAGGCGAGCGACCGCCGACAGCGCAGGGGGGAGGAUAAGAUACAAUGGUGGUGGCGACGGCGUACUCGACGGCGGUUCUCGGUGGCGCUUGGCUCCCUACGCCCGGCUCCGUCGCUCCUCGCUCCCUUCUCCUUCCCCCUCUACCGAGGCGCUCUAUCUCCGCCGCUCCUUCCUCUUCCUCCACCCUUUCCCCCGUCUUGGCCCCUUGCUUCCGAGAAACACAGAGGUUCUCUUUGCUCCAAGUUAGAGCCACCUCUUCGUCGGAGGAGACACCGAGUUCCAUUCAAACGGAUGAGCUCCUCGCCGAUUUAAAGGAGAAGUGGGAUUCUAUUGAGAACAAAUCCACCGUCUUUUUAUACGGUGGAGGCGCGAUAGUCGCAGUUUGGCUCUCUUCUGUCGUCGUCGGAGCCAUUAACUCUGUUCCAUUGCUUCCCAAGAUCAUGGAACUAGUGGGGCUUGGAUACACUGGAUGGUUCGUGUACCGCUACCUCCUCUUCAAGCAAAGCAGAAAAGAAUUGGCGGAAGAUAUCGAAGCGUUGAAGAAAAAGAUCACUGGAACAGGCGAAUAAUCGCGCUUUCGCAUGAAAAAUUUUCUGCAAGAGAUUUUUCCCGAACACUUGUAUAAGAGGAACUUCAUUUAUGUACUAUUACUUAUGCAUUCUAUUUCUCGCACCAAGAAGUUCUUUCCCCUCCUAAUGACUACAUCAACUGAUAUGUUAUCAGUAAACUUCUUCUGGAUAUGGUGUUUUUUUUUUUUUUUUGUAUUAUAUAUAUUUGUAUGGUUGGUAUUUUUCACUUUCA